AAUCAUUAUCGAUUCAACUGCCGCUCCCCAAUUUUUUUAAUUUUUUUUAAAUCUUCACGUUUCUUUGACUCUUUUCUUUCCCUUGUUUGUCUUUUUUUUUCUUUCUUGAAAAGCAAAACAUGAAACUCACCAUUGUAUCGCGUAACCCUAAAUCUAAAAGUUUUCCUUUAACUUUAGAUUUAGCUGGUGAUGCCUCGUCUUUGACUUUAACCGAUGUAUCUAAAGCUCUUCAUAGCAAACUUCCUAAAUACACGCCCGACCGUCAACGUAUCACCACUCAAGAUAAGAAACCACUAGGUCAAGAUAAAACAUUAGCUGAAUUGGGUCUCAAGGAUGGUGAUACUCUUCAAUUCAAAGAUUUGGGUCCACAAAUUGGUUGGCGUACCGUGUUUUUGAUCGAAUAUGCUGGACCUAUGCUUCUUCAUCCUAUCUUUUACUAUCUUCCCAAACUUGUGUAUGGUAAUAACUUCGAACAUUCUUCCUUACAAAAAUGGACUUUUGCGCUAGUCAUGCUUCACUUUUUGAAACGCGAACUGGAAACCAUUUUUGUUCAUCGAUUCUCUCAUGGUACUAUGCCUUUCUUUAAUGUAUUCAAGAAUUCAGCUCAUUAUUGGUUCUUAUCGGGUAUCAAUUUGGCUUACUGGGUAUAUGGUCCUUGGUUUAGCCAAGGGGAAAAGUUGGCUGUUCGAAGUGAUGUUUGGCUUUAUGGUUGUAUUGCUGUUUGGACUUGGGCUGAAAUCUCAAACUUGAUCACUCAUAUUACUUUACGUAACUUGCGACCUCCUGGUACUCGUGUUCGUGCUAUUCCUUAUGGUUAUGGAUUUGAUUUGGUGUCUUGUCCCAACUAUUUUUUUGAAACUAUUGCUUGGACCUCAGUAUGCUUUUUGACAACUAGUUGGAGUGCUUUCCUCUUCAAUGUUGUCGCUACUGGUCAGAUGUACAUUUGGGCUGUCAAGAAACAUAAAAAUUACAAGAAAGAAUUCGAAAAUUAUCCUCGUAACAGAAAAUCCAUGAUUCCAUUCAUUGCCUAGUUAAUAGUUAUCCAUUUAGUUUAUUCAUUCUUUUUUUUAAAAAAAUAAAAAAACAUUAUCCCCUUUUUCUGCAUUGAGCAGCUUUUCCCUUUUUCA